GUGACUGGUCUCUCCGCCCACCCCACGUUCCUCUUGGCUGGCCUCUCCCCUGCGGCUCCUUCUGGUCACCCUGGCCACUCCCUCCGGCCUUUCCCAGGAGUGCGGCGGCCGCGUUCCGGAGGGCACGACGCCAGAAGCGUCGUUUCCUCUCCUCCGUAGGUCCUCGCGGCCCGGCCGGAACAUGCUGGACGGGCUGAAGAUGGAGGAAAACUUCCAAAGCGCCAUAGAGACCUCGGCCUCCUUCUCCUCGCUGCUGGGCCGAGCGGUGAGCCCCAAGUCCGUCUGCGAGGGCUGUCAGCGGGUCAUCUCGGACAGGUUCUUGCUGCGGCUCAACGACAGCUUCUGGCACGAGCAGUGCGUGCAGUGCGCCUCCUGCAAAGAGCCCCUGGAGACCACCUGCUUCUACCGGGACAAGAAGCUCUACUGCAAGUUCGACUACGAGAAGCUGUUUGCUGUCAAAUGCGGGGGCUGCUUCGAGGUCAUCGCCCCGAACGAGUUCGUGAUGCGGGCACAGAAGAGCGUGUACCACCUGGGCUGCUUCUGCUGCUGCGUGUGUGAGCGGCGGCUGCAGAAGGGGGACGAGUUCGUCCUGAAGGAGGGCCAGCUGCUCUGCAGGGGGGACUACGAGAAGGAGCGAGAGCUGCUCAGCCUGGUGAGCCCGGCGGCCUCCGACUCGGGCAAAAGUGACGAUGAGGAGAGUCUCUGCAAGUCCACCCACGGGGCGGCGAAGGGCAGCGCAGAGGACGGCAAGGACCACAAGCGCCCCAAGCGUCCCAGGACCAUCCUGACCACCCAGCAGAGGAGAGCGUUCAAGGCCUCGUUCGAGGUGUCCUCCAAGCCAUGCAGAAAGGUGAGGGAGACGCUGGCUGCGGAGACAGGGCUGAGCGUCCGCGUGGUGCAGGUGUGGUUCCAGAACCAGCGAGCGAAGAUGAAGAAGCUGGCCCGGCGGCAGCAGCAGCAGCAAGACCAGCAGUCCAGCCAGAGGCUGAGCUCCGCUCAGACGAACGGCGGCGGAGGCUCGGGGCUGGAGGCCAUCAUGAACCCCUACACGGCCCUGCCCACCCCACAGCAGCUGCUGGCCAUCGAGCAGGGCGUCUACGGCGCGGACCCCUUCCGGCAGGGCCUCACCCCGCCCCAGAUGCCGGGGGACCACAUGCACCCCUAUGGUGCCGAGCCCCUUUUCCACGACCUGGACAGCGACGACGCCUCCCUCAGUAACCUGGGUGACUGUUUCCUGGCAACCUCAGAGGCCGGGCCCCUGCAGCCCCGCGUGGGGAACCCCAUUGACCACCUGUACUCCAUGCAGAGUUCCUACUUCACCUCGUGAGCUGUCCCCGAAAGCCCGAUGGCCAGGCCCCGACUGGAAGGCCCAGGACAGGAGGGGUCGGCUGGCUUUGG